AUUUGUUACCUUCUCUUAUCAACAUUACAGUACAUUUAAAAAGUUGUUUUACGUGUAUAUUUAUUGCAGCGCAAUAUUUAUUUACAACAAAUGAUUAAACUGCAAUUUAUCUUGAUAGGCAAUAUUAAUAAUAGAAAAUAUCGAUGAUAGAACAUCAUUAUAUUUGGAUAUACACUUUUUUAUUACACCAGUGGCGGAGGUGUUAAGAAGCCAACUUCCCCUAAUUUUCGUCACUGGAAAAAUUCAAAUUUUUAGAUAUUUACUUUUUACUCUUAGUACCUAUCUAAAGUGACUUGUUUCUUCAACAAAAUAUUUGUUAAUUAGCCAUACCUCUAAUCUAAGUAAUAGAGCUUUUUAACACCUUGUAUAAACGAGUAGAAUAAAUUAUUCCAUCCAAGUUAUUUGAAUAAAUAUUCACUAUCAUUCAAAUUUGCCUAUAACACCUAUGCAUAAAUAAUCUAAAAAAAUUAUCAGCACACGAUUAUGCUUAUCGAUACCGUUAAUUUUGUAACAUUUACCACAGUACUUUCAGUAUUAACACAAGCCGUAUUCUUGCAACUACUAAAAACCCCCAUAAUCACACUCCUAAUAAUCAGUUUUCCUAGUUUAUCAUUCCCCAAAGACACGCGCUACUGCAUAAAACUCGCGAAAAUCAAUACAUCACUCCCAAUUUAACAAACAACUUUGCCAAACAUAUUUUUAUCGCAUUCCUUCCCAGUUUUAUGGGCGUCGCCCUAAUAGCGCAUUUAACUAACUAUAACCCCAUCGAAUUUGACCCGAACACAUUUGAACUCUCUGCCCACGUCUAAUCAUGGCUGUUUUUAAGGAACAUGGACAGUUCCAAUGCGGAACCAGAGCUGUCGAGCUUCGAUAGCGAAGUGGACGAGAAGCAGGAAAAAAAGAAAAUGAACAUGAAAACCGUCGCGACGAUUUUCGCCAAACGAGCGGCCUUAUUCUACCUGGGAUACCUGAUAUGUUAUUUCAGCUUCUCCGUAACGCUGCCUUUAAUAGCUAUUUGUACUUUGGUGUGGUUCGAGAUGCAAAAUGCGAAUAAACACAACAAAAUAUCGAGCAAAUCGAAGGCGAGUUCGUUAACGAAGAGGGACUUGUUGAAAGUGGUGGAUGAACUACCAUCUUGGGUGACUUUUCCGGACAGGGAACGAGCUGAAUGGCUAAACGAGAUUAUCGCUCAAUUAUGGCCCAGCCUAUGCAUUUACAUAGUGAAACUGUGCAGGACGAAGUUGCAGGCGAAAAUUAAGAAAAAAUUCGAAGGUUUCGGAUUUGGUGAUAUCGAUUUCGGGAAAAAACCUCCGAAAAUCGAUGGCGUUAAAGUUUACAACAGGACCAUUACUAAAGAUUCGAUUAUCAUCGAUUUCGAUAUUUACUACGACGGUGAUUGUAAAAUCGAUUUCUCGGUGUCCGGAACGCAAAUCGGGUGCAUAAAGGACUUCCAAUUAGGAGCAGAAUUGAGAUUGGUUCUCAAGCCGCUGAUGAUUAAAACACCGAUUAUCGGGGGCAUACAGCUCUUCUUCCUCAACACCCCCGACAUAAAUUUCGAAUUGGAAGGUAUCUCGGGAAUCCCCGGAUUCAGCUAUUUCAUUCGGCAAAAAAUCGAGGAGAGGAUCAAGAAGAAACUGGUGUUUCCCAAUAAGAUUACCAAGAGGUUCUCGAAAUCCGUAGAGGCUGUGGAAUUGAAGGCUUUAGAACCAGCUGGCGUUCUUAGGGUUCACGUAUUUGAAGCUAAAGAUUUAGAACGAAAGGAUGUCACCGGAAAAUCCGAUCCUUACGUGGUACUAACAGUGGGAGCCCAAGAAUGCAAAACUCCUGUUAUUAAAAGGGAGCUCAAUCCAAAAUGGGAUUACUGGUGUGAAUUCGUGAUUUUGGAUCCUUUGGGGCAACAUUUGCAUUUUAAAAUGUUCGAUCAAGACGAUUUAAACGAGGACGAUUUUAUGGGGAGUGGUAUUGUAGAAAUCCACAACGUUAUAAAAGACGGGGAAAACGAUAAAUGGUUCAACUUAGACAACGCUAAACACGGCAAGAUUCAUUUCAGGUUCUUCUGGCUCGGCCUAUCACCUGACGUAGAUGCCUUAAAUGCGGCAUCGCAAGAAACGAAGUUACUAAAAGUAGCGAAUAUUAGUACAGCACUUCUCACCAUCUACCUGGACACAGCGCAAAAUUUACAAAGGGUGAAAUCUAAAAAGCCGGAUCCCUAUGCGGUGCUGACGGUGGGCAAGCUGCAGCAAAAGAGCAAGGUGAAGAAGCACACGUGCGACCCGAUGUGGGAGCAGGGCUUCUCCAUGCUGGUGGCGGAUCCGGAGAACGAUUCCCUCAAUCUUUCCAUUCUGGAUAAGGGCAGCGACGCGAAAUUGGGGCACUUGAAUUACCCGUUGAAAGAUUUGUUCGAAACGAUCGAUUUGCAAAUCAGUAAAGAGGAAUUCUCGCUGGGGAAUCCCACGGAAAAGAUUUACCUUUCGCUGCAAUUAAGGAUUUUGACGAAUGAUAAUUUCGAAAUUGACGAUAGUGAGACUGAAUCUGACAACGAACCGGCGGAUAAUCUAUCCAGGCAUCAGUCUACAAGGUCUUCUUCUUCACGAUUCCAUAGACAAAUAUCUACCUCAAGCAGCGCGAGCCACACUCCGCCGAAAUCUCCUUCCACGCCCACGAAAAGUGCCCCCACGCCGGACCUAGAAAAUGAGGUACCCGCGAGGAAAUCGUCAGUCCGCUCGAAUAAUUCAGCGCCAGUAAGAAGCCCUAGUUUCAAAGAAAAAACCGAACUGGGCCAGAUGGAAGUAACCUUACACUACAGCGCCCCCAGGCAAAAAUUAAUAGUAACCGUCCACAGGCUUUCGAAUAUACCCUUAAGAGACCCGAAUAACAUACCGGAUCCUUACGUGAAACUCAAGCUAACAGCCCCAGGUGCUAAUAAAAUUAAAAACAAAACAAAAUGCGACGGAAAAUAUAGCGAGAUGAUGAGUUUGUAUCGGUUAGCAACGAAAAUACCGGUGUUGUGGUCGUGGUUGAGGAUGCCACAGCAACAGGUUAUUAUGGAUAAUUGCGAUCCGGUGUUCGAAGAAACUUUCGAGUACCUCGUCUCCAAUUCCGAUCUUCCGAACAACAAGCUGGUUUUGACGGUGAAGAGCAAGAAGAUGUUCCAUUCGUAUAUCGUAGGACAAGUAAUUAUAAAUUUGAAGUACUUCGAACGGAUCAACGAACCCUACCGCGAAUGGUACGAUCUAGCGCAAGCCGAAGAUUCCGACUAG